AUGGCUUCAAUGAACAUGGGCUUCUUGCCCACCAUAAAAUGCUCCAAUUGCGGGUCCAAUGUCGAGAUCUCCUCCAUGGGGGAUCACACUUGUAUUCGAAAUGAUUUUGUCGCACCUAUCCCAUCGCCGCCUCCAUCGGCAGGGUUCGAUUCAGACCGAUUCACAGAGUCAAAGGUUGGCCGGGGCCCUCCCCUGGCCAUAGACCCCUCCGCUGCAAAUCGAGCAUUCUUGCAGCCAAAUAUUCCGACACCAGCUAACAGUGUCCAUCUAUCACCUCUGCCUGUCAGCCCAGCACCUCCAUCCACGGCGCGCCCGUCUCCGCACAGUCUGCCCGAUGAUUCGGUCUUCUCGUUCCCCAUGCCUGGAAACAGGUCACCCACUGAAGUGAGGACACCAAGUCCAAUGAUGGAUCGGAAUAUGUUCAAGUCACGACCACCAGUCUCGUCGCCGGGACAAGGGCAGGCUGUGAUGCCAGAGAAUAUACAACUUCCACCUAGUCCACUGCCGCCCAAGUCCACAGAUACGAAUCACCACAGGGGGGAGUCGGUGGUGAGCAACAGUAGCUACCGGACCUCUUUCGCCAGCAGUCGCUACGGCGAUUCCACAACGAGGUCAUCGACCAAUAGCCUCUCGCGGGGGUUCCGGUCAUUUAUGGAAGACAUACCACCAGUCCCACUGGCACCUCUCCGCACCACCAACAAUACUUCUCUCCCCCGUGAUUCUAAUGUCUCGGUGGCUUCAUCCCGGAUUAGCAAGGAAGAAGCCAGUGAAUUCGACUUUGGUAUUCCCACAAACCAAAACCCGACUACCGGACUACAAGAUCUCCCUGAGGAACCCCCUUCGCCCCAAUUCCAAGAUAAUACUGAAUAUACCGCUUUCAAUCCGGCAAACCUCCACCCUACCACAGCGACAACAGAGCCGGGUAGCGAUGCGCCAAGGAAAAGCUCCAACGCAAGUACGACAAGUGCAUUUUCUGUCACUAGUUUCGCGCGGGCUCUUGGUCUAGAUGACCAAAUGAACAACUCCGAAAGCUCUGGAUCUGAUUCAUCGGCUUCCGAUGCUCGCAGCGGUAGUUCAAUGUCUAGUCUCCCCUCCGAUGCUAGCUUGAGCCGACACAAACCCACCGAUCCGCUCAAUCUAAAACCCGUGGUUGAAGAACAGCCAGUCCGGACCCGACAGACGGUUUUAGAAGUACCCGGCCGUAUACGGAGCACCAUAGAUGUCCCUCCCAUCCCGGCUGCUUUCUUCAGCCCGGAUUCACCUACCGACCCUUCAAUCAACCGAGGUGGCGUUUCAUUGAUUGCAGAGAGAAAAGAAGUCCCCCCGACUCCAACCCCAACACAACCAAAACAAUCUAUUCCCCGAAAGCCACCACCACAACGCUCAUUCACAGCACCACUACCACCAACAACACCAACAACAACAACACCAGCUCGGUCGGUGACACGUGCGAAGGGGAAUUGUAAGGGCUGCAAUGAGCCAAUUACAGGAAAAUCGAUAUCAUCCUCGGACGGCCGUCUCACAGGUCGAUACCACCGUGGCUGUUUCGUUUGCUUCGAGUGCCACUCUCCCUUCCAAACAGCCGAUUUCUACGUCCUCAACAACAGACCAUUUUGCGCGCAACAUUACCACGAGCGCAACGGGUCCCUUUGCGCCGGCUGCCACACCGGUAUCGAGGGCCAGUAUCUAGAAACCGUGGAGCGGAACCCUGCACGACCAGAGCGCCGUCGAUUCCACACCCACUGCUUGCAGUGUCGUACAUGUCACGUCCUUCUCAAGGGCGACUACUUCGAGUGGAAUGGUGAAGUCUUCUGCGAAAGAGAUGCUCGCCGAGCCGCUGCUGCCUCUCACGCACCACACCCUGGUCCUCCUGGUCCUCCUGGUCGUCGCCGACCCAACCUACCCUCGUCUCCCCUCGCCCAGUCCGGCCAAUUCCCUCCGGGUCCGUACCCUCCACCUGGGGCAAGACCUGGACAUGGACCCGGGCCUGGCCCUGGACUCCAUCCCGGUCCCCGAUUCCCCCCUGGAGGUGGAGGACGGUUCCCCGAACGACGAACUACCAGGCUUAUGAUGAUUUGA